AUGGCGACAUUAAUACCAACCGCAAGUGCGUGUUAUAGCUUACAACUACCUCCAACUGAAAAAGACGAUCGAUUAAACUUGAAUGUCAGAACUGGUUCUGCAUCGACUUUAUAUAAUUCUAUGGUUUUCACACAUGGUGGUUUGACCAUUGGUCUUGAAAUUCUUCACCAGACUAUUCAGGAGAUCAAUGAAAUCUUUUACAACAGAGUCAAUAUAUCAAACUCAAAAUUUAAAAGUUACGACAAGUAUUUAUCAGGAGAAUUAUUCUAUUUAAAUUUAAUUGAAAGAAGCUGGUCUCGUGCAAUUAUUGACGAAAAUUCUCCCCGUCCAAAACCACGAUUGUUUCACCAGAUUUGCUCUCUACAUAACUGUAUCUACUUGUUUGGAGGGUUGGGUCUCCCAGAUCAUGCUCUCAAUGAAGGAGAUCAGCAACAACCACAGUCGAACAUCAGCCUUGUGCCACUUAAUGACUUGUGGGAAUUUGAUUUAGAAGCCAUGAAAUGGACAUUGUUGGAUGAUGGAUCAAAUUUUGAACAAGACGAUGCUGUCCCAGUACCUCGAUUUAACCAUAAGAUGACUGUCAUUUCUAGUUUAUCAUUUGUGAACAAAAAAGAUCAUUUUGGUAUAUUCAUAGCGGGAGGCAAAGAUAAAAAUUCAGAACCUAUAUAUGACAACGUCUUGUUUGAUUUAGUGGAGAAAAGGUAUGUUGGGUCACAGCCAUUUCCUCUCGUGGCAUCAACUGGCAAUAAGCAAAAAGAUGAAGAAUCGGGAUUAAGUGCAUUUAUAGCAAAUGAUCAACACUAUUUAAACAUCGAUAACAAUACCAGUUCCAUUGUCAACUUUGUUGAAGAAUUCGAAGCUCAAAAACCAUUACAAGACAAGAAUGUACCUGCAACUCCUGGUAAGCGUAUGGAAUCAAUAAUAGUAUACGAUAGUACAAAAUAUGACCUACAAAAGGGCCAUAAUCCAUUACUUUCUUUUAAGGUUGGGAGGAAACGCAUAAAGCAUGGAAAGCCUUUAAUGCUUCACCGAUCUGACGCGUCACAGAAACGAGCUUCCGUUAUCCCAUAUAAUUUAUCUUAUCCAACUGGUGGUUUAUUCGGUCAAAACAUAGUCAUCACAGGAUUUUUACCUGACGAAUAUGAUAUAUCAAUUUUUGUUUAUAACAAACCUACUGGUAAAUGGUCAAGAUUAAACAUCUAUUGUAACCACGACUAUGGUAGUCAUAGAUUUUGGGGUGGUUUUGCAUGGCAAUCGCAUCAUAAGGUUGUUUUAAUUGGUAAUAAUUUAACAUCGAAAACGACAAGUUGUGUACGAUUUUUCACUGUAAUGUUGACUGUUAGUUUGCCAAUCACAAAUCUUUUAGUGAGUUCAGAGUUGUCGACUAGUCGUUAUCAUCACGACAGAGAUGGGAAUAUAGUAUACCAUGGUGAUCUGUACAUUAAAGAAAAUCAUUCUAAUCUGGAUAUCCCAUCACGAAACAAUACCACUUCACCAAGUUCAAGCAACCGUGAGGAUCUGACAGACAGUGGAAGCGAUCAUACACCAGAAGUUAUCCCCAAACAAGCACCAACAAUUAGAAACGAUGAUGCAUCGAUAGUGACAGGAAGUAGGGCAAGAAAGAAAUCAAUGACUUCAUUUUCUAGUGAUCAGUCCCCCACGGCAGUAAGCUUUAGUGAAUAUGUUCAUUACGCAGCACCAAAGACUACAUACACAACAAUAAGAUCCGUUUUCCCACCUGAAGCUGUAACGUUGGGAAGAAAUGCAUUUGAUAGAUAUGGUGACUUAUUGUCAGAUUUUGAGAUGGUGUCUUGUAAUGGUGAUAGAAUUCCUGUGUCGUCUGCCGUUUUGAUGGAAAGAUGGGGAAGAUUUUUCAUUCAGUUGUUAGCGAGAGGGUAUGUUAAUGCCGUUGAUAAGUUUGAAAAUGACCAAGCAUUGGGUUUACACGAUGGUCAAAGAUUAAGAUCCAAGACCAGUCAAUCAAAUUCAUCUGGAUCUGGAGAUAUGCCACAACUUAAAUUGUCAUUAAGCGAGUCAUCCUCACCACCAUCCGAUGAUCAGGAUCCGAAGAAAGAGGAAGUUCGCGUGAGUGCUGAAAACAAAUCAAUUAAAGAUGUGCCUCAAUUUAGAUUGCCAUUUCAGAACUAUUCCAGCUCAACAGCGGAAAGUGACGAAUGUCCGAAAGAAAGAGGACUUGGGACUUCAAUUUCCUCAGCUGUCGACCCACAUCAAGUACUUCCUAGAAAAGCUUCAGUAAGUUCUUCACAAUCAAAUGCCAGUUCAUUAUUGACAUCUCAUUUGCAGGAUAUUCCACCACAAUUGCCAUUACCUGAAGAGCAGAUUCCAAACGUACCUGCGGCUCCAGCAUCUUACAGAAGUACAUCAAGAAAGAACUCUCAAGACCCAAGUUCACCAAGAUCGUCAUUGAUUCAUACUUUGACAGCGUUAAGAAACAUCCCAAUUUCGAGAUCACCAAGGGACUCUCCAUUUUCGUCUCCACGUCCUUCAAUAUCUGGUCCUGGAGGCAAUGGUGGUAGUGGUAAUGGAAUCACUGGUAUGGGUGGAAAUAAUAGUGGAGACUUAUUCAGUGCACCAUUUCCUAAUUUGAAGCCAAACUUUGGAAAGCCUCCAACAGGGCAUUCUCCACCUUCUAAUACCGGUGGUAUCGGUCCUUCAUCAUUUGGAAAGAAACCAUUUGAAAUCAUGGACCGAAGUUCUGAAGAAAAAUUUGAUUCAUUUUCGUCUGGCGCAUCUUCGUUUACUAGGCUAAGUAGCACUGCGGAAGAGCAGGACAAUAGAUUUUCAGACGAUGGUUCAGUGAGCCCACCAGAGUUCAAUAAGAAGCGAGAUGGUUUGUUUGAUAAUGUAUUGUUGAAUUUUGACAAUAUUGAUAAUGAAACAUUUAAAAUGGAACCUUCUUUGGUUCCAAGAAAGCUAUAUAUACCCUUCACUACAGUCACAGUCAAGGCAUUCUGUGAAUACUUGUACACCGGUCAGAUUGGUAAUAAGUGGUUAUUAGCUCCAACAUUAAUGGACAAUCUUUUGAUUUCAAAGUUUUUUAGAGUUCCAUUACUUUACGAUUUAAUAAGUGAAAUUCUAUUCGGGGUGAUUGGAAGGAAAGAAGCAUAUAUAAUCAGCGAGGCACGUAAAUUAAAAACUCGCUACUUUGCUUUACUACUGGAAGCUAAUAUCUCUGUUGCCAAUGAUUAUGUUUUCCCAUUGGAUGAAUACGAAGGAUUUUUGGACAGUGUUGAUGAUGGUUAUCUUGAUAUCACGUUAUUGAAGAAAACAUCUAAGAAUCAUGCAGAUAGUGUUGCAUUGUCGUGGAAGAAAAAAUCUGUAACCAGUCAACACUCCCAUAAGCCAUUGGAGAAACAAGAAAAAGAUGAUGGUGAGGAUGAUGGUACAAAGACAAGUUCCACUAGUGAAGAAGACGAAGUUGAUAAAGAAUAUGCAUUGCAUUACUUGGAAGCUCGUGAUAAUCCAUUACCAUCAGUUGGGCCAAGAUCUAAAUCAGUGUUUGAUAGACAUGCGUUUAGUGGUAUCAAUGAAGAUUUAGAUACCGACAAACAACCUGAAGAAGAAGACAAUUUAGAUGCCUCUAUUACCAUUGAAGAGUUAGUAGCUCCUGACUCUCCCGUGCCUUCAGACUAUGUGAUUGAUUUAAUUUUUGAAACCGCUACAUUGGUUACAGAUAUGAAAUUAUUGCUUAGAGCUUCAAAUUUAAAGGCCAUGACUACAAAGUUCAAUAAGAGUAAGCUUGAAACCGAGGCAGCUAUGGCACAAAUUGCCUACCAAGCUGCACAAAUGCCACAUAAACAGUCGAACAGUACAAAGGAAGUACAAUUGCCAAAUAUUGAUACUGCUUCGGUUCACCAGCCAGUUUCACCAUUGCCACCAUCAACUCCAACUGUUCAAUCACCCAAGGGUACAAUUACAAAAGCAAUGGCAGCUUCACCGGUUUCUAAACAAUCAACAGAGCCAGUGCAACAGCCAGGUCUAUCUCGAAGUUCUAGUAUCACCAAUAGGAGUACUCCAACAAGGCCUCCAUUAUCGUCACAAAACAGUUCAAUCAAAGAAGACUCGCCUGUUCCUCCAUCAUCAUCAACCAUAUCAUUAAACACUACUAAAAGCGCAUCUUCACUUUCAAGAAUUGCGUCACAUACUAGUUUAAGAGCACUUUCAUCUACAUUGCCAUUCCUGUCAUCAAACAAUAACAGUAAUAACAACGAUCAUAACAGUGGUAUUCAUACUAAAAGAGUUGAAAGGGCUGCUACUGAAGGUCCAUACAAUGACAGACAAAUGGGAACAGACGGAAUUUCGAAAACAAGAUCACAUAAUUUGGUAUCAAGGAUACCCACUGGAUCAUCAACUGUUCAUAAGCCAUCCGAAAAAUUGCAAAGUUCGGCUUCAUCAAUCAAAUCAUCGACAAAAAAACAUGGCUUCUUCCAUUUAGGAAGUAGUCAUAAAAAGAAAGAAAGCCCUAGCUCGAUUGGUAGUGGUGGUGGCGCCGAUGAUGCUGUGUCUAUUUUCUCAGCUGCUCCUAAAUUAGAAAGAACAAAUGGAGGAAAUAGUGAUAAUAUUAGUAUUAAUUCCGAUUCAAGUAGUAAAACUACAGCAACUGCAACUUUACGAAAGAAAUUUGGUUUGUUGAGUAGCUUUAAAAGGUGA